UUUGAUCCUCAACCAUUUGUCUUGAAGCACGCAUCCACCGUCUUUUCAGACUCGUCUAACCAUCUAGAAUUUCAUAGUUAAGAGAGAGCAAGAGUUUAUCAGAAGGUCAUUGCGGGGAUAUACUUGAUUUCGUCGAUCAUCGGUUUGACAACAACGGAAAAUGACUCUGCGAAAAUUUUGGUGGUAAGUUAUUUUUGUAGAAACUUGAUAAAAUAUUUUAUAUUGUAAAACAUUUUACUUGUUUUUAGAACAAUUCAAAACUGGAAAAUGCCAAAAAUAUUUUCCUGAAAAUAUCUUAUCUCGAUACCAACGGAGGCUGGAUAGAAAAGCCAGGGUAGAAAACAUGUCCCUAUACCACAAGGACCUAGCAUAGAAAAACUUCUCUCUAUUUUAUAAGGCCAAAGAAAUCCUCUGUUCCUUCUGGUUUUGGCAAGCAUUCUGCAGCAGCAGCAGGAAAAGAAAGGCUUUGAAUAUGGCAGGAGGGUCUUUUGCUCCGGCCGGUGUGGCCAAGGAAAGAGCUGGGCAGUACCAAGGAAGGGUGACCCUGUAUGUGAUUGUAGCUUGCAUGGUUGCUGCAGUUGGUGGCUCAAUCUUCGGCUAUGAUAUCGGAAUUUCAGGAGGUGUUACAUCAAUGGAUGAAUUUCUUUAUCGAUUCUUCUACACGGUCUACAAAAAUAAGAAGCAUGCACAUGAAAACAACUACUGCAAGUACAAUAACCAAGGACUUGCAGCAUUUACCUCAUCUCUAUACCUUGCUGGUUUGGUUGCUUCUCUGGUGGCAUCUCCUGUCACACGGAGGUAUGGGCGUCGAAUAAGUAUAAUUUCCGGUGGGCUCUGCUUUCUUGUUGGAUCAGCCCUUAAUGCCUCAGCUGUCAAUCUGGAAAUGCUUAUUUUGGGUCGGAUUAUGCUUGGUUUUGGAAUUGGCUUUGGAAAUCAGGCGGUUCCACUAUACUUGUCAGAGAUGGCACCAACCCAUCUCAGAGGAGCCCUAAACAUGAUGUUUCAGUUAGCAACAACUCUUGGGAUCUUUACCGCAAAUAUGGUCAAUUAUGGAACACAUAAGCUCAAGCCAUGGGGAUGGAGGCUCUCCCUUGGCCUAGCAGCAGUACCAGCUCUUUUAAUGACGGUGGGAGGAAUACUUGUUCCAGAAACACCAAACAGCUUAACUGAGCGGGGAUUGAAAGAAAAAGGAAGAAAAGUUCUAGUAAGAAUAAGAGGGACUGAAAAUGUUGACGCAGAGUUUGAAGACUUGAUUGAUGCAAGUGAGUUUGCAAACUCGAUCAAGCAUCCCUUCAGGAACAUCCUUGAGAAAAGGAACAGGCCACAGUUGGUCAUGGCAAUCUUCAUGCCAAUGUUUCAGAUCCUCACAGGGAUUAAUUCGAUUCUGUUCUAUGCCCCGGUGCUGUUCCAGACAAUGGGAUUUGGAGGGAAUGCUGCCCUCUAUUCUUCUGCAGUGACUGGAGGAGUCCUUGCUGCAUCUACGCUGGUUUCAAUAGCAACAGUGGAUAGAUGGGGCCGAAGAGCUUUACUGAUUGGAGGAGGGAUACAAAUGAUUGUAUGCCAGGUUGUAGUCGCCAUAAUAUUGGGGCUCAAGUUCGGUGAUGACAAAGAACUCUCAAAAAGCCUCUCAAUCUCAGUGGUGGUCAUCAUCUGCCUCUUUGUUGCAGCCUUUGGAUGGUCAUGGGGACCACUUGGUUGGACAGUGCCGAGUGAGAUAUUCCCAUUAGAAACACGUUCUGCUGGGCAAAGCAUUACGGUAGCUGUGAACCUCUUUUUCACUUUUGUUAUAGCCCAAUCUUUCCUUUCCCUCCUUUGCGCCUUGAAGUUCGGCAUUUUCCUCUUCUUUGCUGCUUGGAUUACUGUCAUGACAAUCUUUGUCUGCAUCUUCUUACCUGAAACCAAAGGAGUUCCGAUUGAAGAGAUGAUUCUAUUGUGGCAGAAACAUUGGUUCUGGAAGAGGAUUGUGUCUAUUAAUCCAGACGCAGAUACAAGUAAUGGUAAGGAAAGCAGUUCAUUGGAGUUGGGUUAAACAGUUGGCAACGCAUAGCCAAGCUCAUGCACCAAAGGCAGUGAAUUCCUAGAAGAUCAAACAGAAUUCAACUAAAACUAAUGGGCUCUGCUGAAAAGGUAUCACCCUGAGGAGUUUGUAUAUAUUCCAAGUCCAAGAGUACAUGUGAUCAUAUCGAGACUCUAGGUAAGUGGUUCUUGCCUUAAAAUUGUGAUUUAAUUUGACAAAAUUUGAAUCAUGAUGAAGUGUACGUACCAAUGCUCUUCUACUGGCCAUCAAUAAUUUUCAGGGUACAUAAGCAGUAAUAGCAUUAACAUUUAAGUUCUCUUUUAUACAAACAGUAUAUUCCUCAAACGUCAAAGUAAUAAAGUUUUUAAUACUGACCAAGGAAAAUUGAAAGGAAAGAAUAUAGAGAGAGACUUCUGCUGUGGUUAAAAAUGUAAAACGAAAAUGUUUUUAAAGCCGAUGAGUUUCUUGACCAAACAUGUAUGCAAAAUAUAAAGAAUUUGUCCAACUUUUCGGCUUAAGUAGCACUACUCAAUGUAAAAAGAAAAAAAAAUAAAAUUAAGAAAGAGGAAAAGUGUUUCCCCUCCUUUUAUUCCAAUUUUAGAAGGGGAAUGUUUUUUAGGCUUUUCUUUCUUAUUCUCUACCAAAAGAUUUUCAUCUUUCCUUUCCAUCUCCCUCUCCAGUCUUUUCUUUCUGUCUUUUUUAUUACUUUCUCACCAUAAACAGGUUGUGUUCCAACUCCCCCUGAACUGUUUGUUUCACUGUUCAAAGGAGAAAAAAAAAAAAAUGACAACCCAUUAGAAUGGUCUAGACUGUGGGAGAUGAAUGAAUCCGAGUUGGGGAUUCCUGAUAAGUCGAUUCGUCAGUUUGCAAAUAUAAAACGGCAUAGAAUUAUUAAUAAUUCUACUGUAUACAAGCGCCUAAAUUACAUGAGAAUGUCCACAAUUUUAUUCUCUCUUAAGGCUGCCUUUGUUUGGGUGGAAAAUAUUUUUCAGAAAAUAUUUUUUUAUUUUCUGUUAUUUGAUUGUUGGAAAAUAUUUACGAAAAAAAAAUUUUAAAUCUAACAAAAAUAACUUGCUCAUUAAUUUUUGACAAGUUAGAUCUCACACAAUGCCUCAUGAACUCGACUUCAACCUCUAGACUCUUACCAAAUACUGAAAAAUAAAAAUAAAAAAAGAUUUUACCUGAAUUUUUUUUUUUUUUUUUUUUUUAAGAAAAUAUUAACUGAGCCUAAAUGAAAGAUGCAAUAGAGACGUUCAAGAAUAUGAUAUGAUCCAAAAUGGUUGAUCCAGCCAACCCACUCUGCUGGUCCAGUCAACCAAGUCUACAUGGGCCUAAUUUAAAUUCUCAAGACACUCAUUUUUGGUUUCCAUUUGUUUUUAGCAUCUAGUUUCAUGCCAAUUAGAUCGCAUAGGGCUUAUUCAUCCUCGAAACAAAAACAAAUUGUAAAAUAGGUUGUGAUUUUCAUUCCAGUUUAUUUAAGCAAAAAAAAGAUGAUCUAACCAUGUAGUCCACGGACCACCAUGCGGUAUGGGGUAUUGUUCUUACUUAAUACCAAACAAAGAAAAGAAAAGAAAAAAAAAAAAAAAACAA